AUGCCACGAGCCCGUCCUCGCAGUCUAAACCUAAGAACACCGCUGGAAGAUGCCUACGGUAAUAGCAUGCGCUACACGCGUAUCCCUAGGGCAAGUUCUAGAUCGCGUCUUUGUAGUAGCUGUGCAAAUGGACUAUAUACGACAACGCCGAGCAAAUUAUUGCCCAGUCCGGCCUUCCUUCCCGUCCAAUACAUGAUCCCAAUGGUGUAUGCACCUGCGGCUGCUCCUAUUGCAGCGCCCUUGCCAGUUCCACCAGUAGUCUACAAGGAGCCCUUUCAACACUCAGACACUCCUUAUCCAAUAGACGAAUCCGAUGAAACAGACAGUGGGGAGAUGGAGGAUAUGCGAACCACGACAGAGGAGACUUUCUCGACGCUUCAGAGGAACACCUUACGAAGGAAUGACUAUAUGGCCACCAACUUGAUUCGAGAUUUCGAGGAGACAAACUGGAUCCCCAUCGAUGACAAUUCGAGAGACGUGCAGGACUGGACUAUUAGAAGGAACCAAUGGUUCCAGCGCAGUGUGGAAUUACCUACGGGAGUCAUCACGAAACUUCAUUGCGAGAAACUACCCCCUGAAACCUCAAGUUACUCGACUUUACGAAAAAGCAAUAUGCAAAGGCUGCGGAUAACUGGAAGAGUUAGACAGUGGUCGCCCACUCUGAGAGCCAUCACCGAAGAGGACUUUAGUGAGGAAAUGCUCCUGCCACAAGGCACAGACUUCAGCACAAUAUCGUACAAGCUGCAGACGAAGAACAUUCAGCAGUACAACGAGAGUCAAUUCACCAAAGUCCUGCGUCAUCAGUCGACAUCGUACGAGGAGGAUACGGGAGAGCAACCCUUUACGGAGAACACAGUGGUGAUAACGGGUCGGGUGGAUCGGAUGCCCAAACAAGAGGUGGCCCCAGUCACUCAAAUGUGGUCCAAGGAAUACAAGUACACUGUCAGAGGCACAAUUGAUCUUUCGCCUGAAGGUCGUAUAAUGAACCCCGUCAUCACGUCCUACUCAGAGAUGCCUGACGCUCUUGUUAACCUUGCCCCCAUGACUGAUCAGGAUACUUCUUGCACAGUGGUGGAUGGCAAAUGGCAGAUCAGAAUUCGGCUGGACGAUAAGGUGGAUCGUAACAGCAUCGAACUGGAAGCCAAUCCAAGUGAAGAAACAGUGAAGUUGGUAUUCGCAAGGCACUCACAGAAUGAUGCAAAUGGUGUAACCGUCGACGAUGAUCAGCCCAAGACUGCGACCACUACCACAGUCUUUGCUCUCCCCGCAACGAAGUUUGACAUCACCGGCAUCACCAAGAGGAUUCAAGGACAGGACCUGCUGCUUUCCAUUCCGUUCUCCAAAGGCUUCCAUCUCUCCAAUCUGAAUAUGUGA